AUGGGGUCGGAGCCCAAGCACCCGACGGCAGAGGAGAAGGCGGCGCGCAAGGCCGCCAAGGUGGGCGAGCUGCGGGACCGCCUGAGGGGGGAUUACGAUGUGUUGAACUUGAAGCUGGCCAGGGGUGGGGACUUUAGGGACGGGGAGGACAUGAUGGACGAGCUGUGGUUGUGCCGCUGGCUGCGGGCGCGGAACUGGAGUGUGGACAAGGCGGAGGAGUGCGUGCGCGCGCACGCGGCGUGGCGGGAGGAGUUCAUGCCGCGGGGGCGGGUACUGGAGACGGAGAUCCCCAACGAGCUGGCGGCGGAGAAGAUGUUCUUGCAGGGCGUGGACGUCAAUGGGCGGGGCGUGCUGGUGUUCCUGGCCAAGAACCACUGGGCGUGGACGCGGUACAUCGAGGAGCUGGAGCGCUCGGCGGUGUACUGCAUAGACGCGCUGAUCAGCGCGGCGGACCCGGCGCUCAACCCCGACCGCACCAUGACCUUCGUCUUCGACCUCACGGACUUCGGUGUGUCGAACGUGGACCUCACGGCGAUGGUGAAGCUGUUCCACAUCAUCAACAACCACUUCGUGGAGCGGCUGGGCCGGUGCUUCAUAUACAACGCCGGCAGCGUGUUCGAGAACAGCUGGAAGCUGUUCAGCCCGAUGCUGGACGAGAUCACGCUGAAGAAGAUAAGCUUCCUCGGGUUGAGGCAGUGGGGCGUGCUGCACGCGGAGGUCCCCAGGGAGGUGCUGCCGGAGCACCUGGGCGGCACGGGACGGCUGGUGCCCGUCAGCGAGGCGGUGGCAAAGCGGCGCUUGAGGCAGACCAGCUUCUCGUGA